GACACCUAUCUAGUUUGCAGUGAUGGGUGCUUGCUGACGUGCCACUGAGUGGGCAUGGUCAGCACGCUCGCGGCUGGUCAGUCUGCAGUCAUAGAGAGUAUGCCAGAGAGUAUUCAUCACACUGACAAUCGGACACCUAUUUUCAGAUGCGUUUUCAUGGUGGCUGAAUUGAAAGCACUACUUCGUAUUUGAAUGGUAAACAAUUGAUUGUGGCGAUUCCUCUUUUCUGUGAAGAGUUUCAGAAGCAGGUAUAUUGAGGACAUUGAGAGGUAGUCACAGAGGAGCACCAUGUUUAGUAAUGUGAAUGC